AUGCAAUGCGUUUGCCAGAUUGUUCGGAACGAAACAUUUUCUAGAGAAAGGGUAAUUCAGAAAUCAGAUUAUUUUUGUGAAUAGCACAAUUUCAGAUACUACAAGUCGCUUUUGCCGCCAGGAUAGUGCUGGUUUUAUAUGCCCACAUUCACGACUACUUAUUCAAGGGAUUGCUUGGUCUCAAAGAUAAUAAUUAAAUUUAUUUAUUUAGGUGAACUUCACAGAUAUUGACUACCACGUGUUUUCGGAUGCUGCGAAGCACGUCUCAAUAGGCGGAAGUCCGUUUGAUAGGGCAACGUACAGGUAUUCGCCGCACUUGACUGGAAUGUGAGCUAACAAUCAUCAGUUUACAGAUACACUCCUGCCCUGGCAUGGAUUCUAUAUCCUGUUGUCAGUUUCCCCGAUUUCGGGAAAAUUCUAUUCUGCAUCUGUGACAUAGUUGUGGCUCUGCUCUAUUUCAAAUAAUGGAAAUAGAUCUGGAAGACAAAGAAGCAGAUAAGUAAGAUUUUGUCUUUAAAACCGUUAAUCUUGAAUUUCAGAGAGCUGAAAUGGAGGACGUUCAGACUACAAAUGUGGUGAUCUACUGGCUCGCCAAUCCGCUGACUGCCAUCAUUUCAGCAAGGUUUUUUAAAUUAUGAGAUUGACUAAAUAGUACAUAUUUCAGAGGGAACGCAGAAUCGAUUGUUUCCGCUAUCGUGCUACUGAACAUCAUACUUCUGCAGAAAGGGUGCUGGAAGUCUGCAGCUCUUGUUCACGGAGCACUCGCCAUCCAAUUCAAAAUCUACCCUCUGAUCUACCUUCCUUCCGUUUUUUUGAGUCUUUCCACGUUCAGAGCACAGAAAGAUCUUGUCGGUCGAAUAAAAAGUCUGUUCACGAACUGGAAGGGUUUCGCGUACGUCCUGGUAAGCUGAUUAUCGGUUCUAUCGUCUUCUAAUCCUUUCAAGUUCUAGAUCGCCCUCUCCUCGUUCGCUCUCGUCGUUCUCUUUUUCUUCCGUAUCUACGGUCAGCUGUUUCUCGAUGAAUACCUUAUUUACCACAUCAAAAGAAAGGAUCUCGCUCACAACUUCUCUCCCUACUUCUAUCUUCUGUUCCUUUACUCGGAUAACCCGACGAUAUCGCAGAUCAUUGGCUUCGGAGCCUUCGUCCCUCAGAUCCUUCUAACCGUCGUCUUUGCAUUCCGAUACUACGAAGAUCUGCCGUUCUGCUGGUUCCUCUCGACUUUCGCCUUCGUCGCCUACAACAAAGUCUGCACGAGUCAGUACUUUGUCUGGUACAUCCUUCUGCUGCCGUUAGUAGCUCACAAGAUCGAAGUGAUUGUUUGGAACUUCUUCUAUCUAAAUACCCAUCACUCUUUUCAGAUGAGCCGAACGAGAACCCUCACCCUUAUCGCCGCGUGGUUCGUUUCUCAAGGUCUAUGGCUGCUGCCGGCGUACUUGUUUGAGUUCCAAGGAUACAACACAUUCUUCCUCAUGUUCCUCGCCUCGUGCCUCUUUGUAGUCACCAAUACUGUUAUUAUGAAACAAAUGAUUGUUCAUUAUGUGCCAAUUUCCAAAUCAAAAACGGAGUAAGCAAUUUAUGUACCAAAUGAUCUCUCAAUUUCACUUUUCUGUUCUGAGCUUUAGUAAAUUUAAUCGUUUUUAUUGUUGUUCAACUCUCAAAUCGGUUCCAAUCCCGUUAACUUUUUUUUACUUUCUUAAUUUAUCUCAGACCUCUGCAAAGUUGUAUCUAUUCAGAUGGUAUUCUACCUGAUUGGUUUGGGUCUCGGAGACGUCGAAGAUAUCACCGUCAAAGGGUUGAAUAUUGUCAAGUACGCAAACUCGGGGUUUUUUUUUCAACAUGAAGGAAAUUUCAGAAAGUGUGCCCGUGUGCAUUUGGAAGCCUACACGAGCAUUCUUUGCUACGGACUCGACAAGACUAAUCUGGAAAAUUUCUACGGAAGAGAAGUGAUUGAGGCGGAUCGGACAGUGGUUGAGCAGGAAUCAGAUGCCAUUUUAAAAGGAGCAGACACGGAAGACGUCGCACUUCUGGUUGUCGGAGAUCCGUUCGGAGCCACAACACACGCUGACCUCGUACUUCGCGCCAAGCAACAGAACAUUCCUGUGAGAACAGACUCCAAAUCCUAAACGACAUUCCUUCAGGUACGAGUCAUUCAUAAUGCUUCUAUCAUGAAUGCCGUCGGAUGCUGCGGACUGCAGCUCUACAACUUCGGAGAGACCGUUUCGAUUGUGAUGUGGACGGACGAAUGGCAGCCGGAAAGCUAUUACGAUAAGAUCGCAUUGAAUCGGAAGCGUGGAAUGCACACGCUGUGUCUUUUGGAUAUAAAAACGAAAGAGCAGACGGUGGAGAACAUGAUGCGCGGGCGGAAGAUCUUCGAACCGGCCAGGUACCAAAAGUGCUCAGAGGCGGCCAGACAACUGCUUACCAUCUGUGAGCGCCGGAGAGGCAAGGGAGAGGUAUGCGCAUACGACGAGAAGACGAUGGUCGUCGGACUGGCGAGAGUCGGAUGGGACAAUCAAAAAAUCGUGUAUUCGAGCAUGGAAGAGAUGAGCAAGAUGGAAAUGGGCGAGCCGUUGCACUCUUUGAUCAUCCCCGGAGAGACCCAUCAUAUGGAGGUCGACAUGCUCGAGACGUUCCGAACAAACUGA